AUGGCACCCUCUAGUCUUCCCAGCCUCGGUAAGCUCGCGGAAGGAAUGAAGGGCUCGGGAAAAACCGAGAAGUGGGAUGUCGUCGUCAGUUAUUCCAUGGCCCAGCUCAAUGAUGUCCUCCAAAAGCUCUGGAAAAGCGAUUCUGCCUCCAAGAAGGUCGAGUUCUCAGUAGAGAGGGAGGGUCCCGGGCACUCUAAAUAUUGUACCAAGUUCAAUAUCACUCUUGCGGCCCCGACUCUCUCUUUUACCCUGAGUAAGAAUGCAUGCUUGAAGAUGGAUCUCAGCGGAACAUAUCACGACCAGACGGCUACCGAAACGUACCCCGAUGAGACCAUCCCCCCAGGCUAUUAUUUCGAAGCCAAUGUUCCCAUCGUCUGCGUGAGCGCGGACGGCAAUUCGAAGGAAAUGGGCGAAGUUCUGGCUUUCGAUUCUAACAAGGCUAACGAGCGUCUUCACGUCGUCUUCAGCUUCGACUCUACUAAAGACACGAGCGCCGUUUUUGAUGUCAAACGGAAAGCUGGUGUCCCUGAUACGGACACCUUUGUCAACACCAGCAAAUAUUUUGAGAAGUGGAUUAAAGCGAACUGGCAAACCAUCAAGUAUUCCCUUGCCGAGGUCGCCCCGACUCAAGAAGACGGAACCCAGGUUCUUACUCCCGAACACGUCGCCUUCACCGUCUACCCUACUAGCGACGGCUCGAGCGGAUGCCUCAGUUUGUACAUCAAGACCAAGGACUCGGGAAACCAAGAUGGAGAAGCUACGACCGUCUUUCGUCUCUCCGACGGAGAGUCGAUCCCCAUUCCAUCUGACCACACAGCGAGCAUCAUAAUCCGACGCGAGCUGGUACAGAAGUUCCUGUCGCAGGCCAUCGAUGGCGCGAGGACGUACAACAAGAAAGCGCUGACAGUCAGCCCUAAGUCAACCACCACCGGGUUCGCAUACACCAACAAACUUAAUACCACUUUUCAUAAUUUCUUCAGCGAGCACACUGCGCUCGGCGACUACAAUAUCAAGGAGUUCAACUGGUCCUUUGACGAUAGUCCCCUCGACCUCGACAUUGCCAACAACCAGGCUCGCUGGACCAUGAGUUUCGAGAACAGCUUCGAGUGGUCCAUAUCCCGCACAUACGUGCGCCAUGGGGAUGUCAAGACGGACUUUAAAUACGGUACGGUCAAGUGUAACCUCUCGAUGGACAACUCGUCCACGUUCCUAUCGCUUGACGAUAAGAAAGUCACGGCAAAGAUCGAGAUCCAGGGAGGGUGGUGGAACCGCAAGGCUGAAGCCGUUCAGCCUUCUCUUGGUGAAAAAUUGCUUGGGAUGCAGGAUGAUAUACCAGAUGAGGUCGAACGCUGGAUGGAUGGCUGGCAGUUCCCAGUCUUUUCGAACACGAUGCGCCUGGAUUUCUUCGCGACUACCAAUGUAUUUGCUCCAGGAAAGCACAUCAUUGAUAUCGACACCUCCGUGGGCGUCUUAACUCCGUACGACCUCCUUAUAGUUGGGAAUAUUGUCGACCCCUCUAAGUGUGAUUCCCUAGAUUAUGGUGACAUCGUUGAAAUUGGUUAA